CCUUACAUCAUUUGAUCACCUUACCCAUCCUAUACUUCGUCCUCAUCAGGAGAACCAGGUGUAAUGACGCGUGGAGCUUCAUUCAUGAUAGGUUUCCUCUUGAUCAUUGCAGCAACAGCUGAGCUUGAUUGCCAGUCGACUGACUGUCUCAAGGAGACGCGACAAUCGCUGAGCAAAGUGCUGCUGCAGACCCAGCGCGUAAAUGGAAGGUCUCAAACCUUCAAGGAUGCUGCGAAUUCAAACGAACCUGAAUUGGUCAAACCACUUGCUAUUCGGUUCGUGCAAAGUGCUGAUGGAGAUUCCCCUCACAGUCUUCCCGUAAUCAAUCAGGGAGAUCUCGAACAAAGCCAGAAUCCAGAGAACAUGCGGGCACCGGAGAUGAAGGCUGCAUAUGUUCUCCUGUUUCCAAUGGGCUUGUCUCUUUUGAGUAUGGUUUUUUCUUACAUUUGGUUCACAGCUCUAAGCUUGCAGAAAAUUGACGAAAGCAGCCAUGGCGGCCAUAGCCAACCGCUGGCACAUGAAACAAGUCCACUACCAGUCACGGCGUUCAAGAAGUUGGCCAAGGACAGCAAGUUGCUUCAGCCGGAAAAAUCCCAGGACCCAGCGCCCUCCGCGCAACAAGUCCUCGGCCAUCAAAAGCCCCAAGAAUCGGACGAGCCCGGGGGGUCCCACGACUCUGAAAAAUUGAGCCUGACUGUGGCUGAAGCUGCAGCUGCAGCUCCACAGUUGAAACUUCAGCCUGGAAACAUACAUUCAGGCGGUGAGAUCGUGGUGGAAGCCUUGCGUUUGUCUGGGGUUGAACGUCUUUUUGGCAUCCCGGGCGUUCAAAAUUUGGCUCUGUACAAUGCCAUUUGCCGCCCCCAAGGAAAGCCACAAGCUGGAGACGUGGCCAUGCAUCUCAUUGGCAAUGAGGAAGCUGCAGCCUACAUGGCCUGGGGUGUUUGGCACAAGGAGAAGCGCUUGGGCUGUGCUUGUUUGAUUGGUGGUGCUGGCGUGACUCAUUCUCUUGCUGGCGUGGCUUGUGCCUUCAGAGAUGGCACCCCAAUGCUCGUGUUGACAGCCGGCGUGCGGGCUGGGAACGAACGCUUUCAAUUGCAUGAUGUCGACAACCUUGCAGUGUUGAAGCCCGUUUGCAAGGCAUUGUUUCGUCCGGCUUCAGUGGAAGAAAUCUGUGCCGCAAUUGCCCAAGCGUGCAAAUGUUCUCUUCAGGGGCGGCCUGGACCUGUUGGGGUUGAAAUUGCUUGUGACUUGUACAACAAGCAUGGUUCCUUUGAAUGGGACAGCACGAUUGGUCAAGGCUAUCCAUAUACUCCAAUUCAGCAACCAGAAUUGCCAACUCGGCCAGCCUCUGCAGCGUUAGCAGCACAUGCAUCUGACCCACUGGUUUCCUUCAUCAAAAACUUAACCUUGCAAGCAAGAGGAGAACAUCUAAAGUGUACCCUGGUUGCUGAGCCUGGCUACUGUGCUGAGAUUGCUGCAAUCGCGUGGGAAAGCUCCGACAAAUCUUGGCAGCUUCUUUGUCCAGGUUGUGGAUCCCGGCCAAGCAGCUUUGCAGCCGAGAACCCCGGAGUGGCAGUUCCAAGUGCCAUUGGUGUUGCUCGUGGGGAAGCAAAAGAUGCGCAGGAAGCGAGCAGCCGUGGUGUGGUGAUCGCCUUCUCAGAGGCUCGUGCUUUGCUACCGCAGGGUUUGGAGCUGUCGCAUGCCCAGGGGCUGCCGCUUCUGCUGGUGGUGCUCAAUGACCAGACUAUGGAUGCCUUUCUCAUGGCCAAGAGCAUGGGCAUCGCUACAUAUACUGCGUCUGGGUCGGACCUGGCACACUUUGCAGCUUGUGAUGCUCUGUCGGCACAUCCAUCUACUGAGACGAACAGCGCACCACUACCGGCUCUUCAGCAUGCUGCUUCGGCACAGACAUCGCUUCUGACAGUUCAGAAGCUCCCUGCUCGUGUUGAGUCGGAUGCCAUGCUCCCACAAAGCCUUUCCGCGGCAUCCAAAUCACUUGUUGACGCGCUGACAGCUGCAGAUGUGGAGCUGCUAUUCUCAGCAUGCACGAAUCCAGGACACAAACGCUUGUUGCGAGCGCUGGAGGAAGCUGCGCAAGAAACUUGUGUCAAUGUGGUCGCCUGCACCGAUGCCCAGAGCGUUGGUUUCAUGGCAGACGGCGCCGCACGUUGCUUCAUCGGCAUGAAUUCAACAAUUGGAGCUUGUUUGCUCGACUCCGUGGAUGCAUUUUCGCUACCAGUCUUGUCAGGAGUUGGUGAGGCUUGGCAGGAUGGUGUUCCACUUCUAUUGCUUGUGCUGAGCCCUGGAUUGGAGGAAGGUGCAGAAUCUGGUAGCAUUGGUCCACUUGCUGAAUUCUCCAAGCAAGUGUUCGUAGGUGACCAAAACCUGGCCGAGAAGGUGCGUGCAGCAAGCCAAUUGGCUGCUUCACCUCCAUGUGCUCCGGUGACAGUGCUCCUACCUCGCAGCGACUUCCUGACAAGUUCUCGUGGUACCAGAGCGGAUUGUCCACGUGGACCUUCCCUUGUGGAAUGUCACGGGCCAGCAUUAGCGUUUCAGCCGACAGUGCCAAAAUCUCUGAAGGCACCCCGGUUGCCACUCAAGGAUCCUGCGCUUCCUCCUGAAGGUGCCAAAAGAGCCGUGGAAUUGUUGUUAUCUGCCCACCGCCCUUGGAUUCAUGUGGGGAUGGGUUGCGCCAACCGUACCGCCGACGGUCUGGUACAAAGGCUGGCUGAGUCCCUAGAGGCCCCAGUCUCAACCACCUUUUCUGGGAAGGGGGUGAUCCGAGAGGACCACCCACUUUGGCUUUGGCCCAUUGCCGGCCCAGCCAUGCCGAAUCAGCUGAGGGAAGUUGCAGAUACAUGUGAUACAAUUCUGAUUCUUGGGGCUCAGAUGGGUGAAAUUGCAUCAUGCAGAAGGCAGUGGCCUGCAAGAAGGAACACGGUGAUACAUGUUGAUGCAGAUCCCUGCGUACUGGGAGCAAACUUCCUACCUGACUUGCCAGUACUGGGAGAUGCAGCAGAGGUGCUUGGGCUAAUGCUUGAAGAACUUGCGCGCAAAGGUGUGGAGCCAAACCAGCGGCCAAACAGUGCACAUGGCAGAGUUCAUGAUCAGACCUUGAGAGCAGAUCUUAAAGCGGCUCAUGAAUCACUUCUUGCACAGAUGCGGGCUGAAGCAGUCGAGCUGCCACUAGCCGGCCAGUGUUCCCCAUUUGGGCUGUAUGCUGCGCUUCAGAAAGCUGUGGUGCCUGGAAAAGCGGUCUUUGUGUCUGACUCAGGGAAUGGAACGGUCCUUGCAGCAGAGUUUCUCCGCUUGGCAGGACCCCGGCGCUUCCUAGCACCAACGGACUUUUCCUCCAUGGGUUACUGUGUGCCGGCAGCUCUUGGAGCUGCCUUGGCUGGUCGCUCUCGAGGAGAAGAGGUGGUUUGUGUGGCCACCGUCGGCGAUGGUGCAUUCUUGAUGACUGGGCUUGAGAUGGCGACCGCUGCGUCUAUGAAACUCCCAGUGAUUUGUGUAAUUUUGCGGGAUGGUGAGCUUGGCAUGAUUUCCGGGCUUCAGCGAGCCCAGCAAAAUGAAGUGUAUUGUACACAUGUGCCUGAGCGAAUGGAUAUGGUGCUACUGGGCAAGUCUUUUGGCAUCCCAUCACGGCGUUUGACGUCUGACGGAGAGGCGGACGAAGUCGCUGAAUGGGCUUACAAGCACUGCAGCAGUGGCAAAGGGCCCGUUCUCAUCGAGGCGAUGGUGUGCUAUGGGGCUCCGUCUUUCUACGCGCGAGGUGCCACAGGACAAAUGCCAACUGCUCAGGUGAAUCCUCUUCCAACUGAACCUUUACCUUUGGUCCAGCUGCCAGUGCCCUCGCCCAAAGACGCAGCAUCAGCCUUCACCAAAAAGGCACUUGAACACCAUGGCCGUUCAAAUUCAUGGGACAUAGCAGAAUGUUUGCGGAUGGCAUUGGCAAGCCACAACAAUGACAAGCCCAAUGCAAUCCAGGAUGGCGAACUCAGCUGGAGCUAUGCCCAAAUGGCUGCCAGAGUCUUCCUUUUGCGGGAAGCCUUGAAAGGAUGUGGCAUCCAAGCCGGAGAAAGGGUUGGCAUCAUCUUGCCGAACUCUUCAGCACAUCUGGUUUCGCAUUAUGCAGUGACAGCUCCAGGCUUGCGGGCUGUGGCGCUCAACCUGAGUCCUCGGCUGCAGCCUCCUGAACUGUUGAGGCUUCUGGAUGAUGCAAAGCCUAGCGCUUUGAUUUCUCAUGUUGAUUCUGCAUCUCUGGUCUCUAAUACAUUGGCGCUAUGCGAGCAAAGACUCUCUUCGAUGCCGAUCUUUUGGUCAGGCGGUUUGCCAGAUGGCUCUGAGGGACCACAGAACGUGGUUCUGGAAGAUGUGAUGGAAUGCGCUGCAGCGCCUGCACCGCCUGCAGCGCCUGCACCGCCUGCAAAUGGAUUGUGGUCUCUAGAGGAGAGCAGCGUUGCCGACUUGCCAUGUGAAAUGUACUUUACCAGCGGCACUUCUGGGCGAUCCAAGGGGGUGUUGCUUUCCCAUGCGAUUGUUCACACUCACGCGCUUCAUUGUAUUUCGGAACAUCGUUUUUCCUCGGAAGAUGUGUGGCUUCAUGUGGCACCAAUGUUUCACUUGGUGGACGCAUUUGCAAUGUUUUCUAUCACCGCCGUUGGGGGGAAACAUGUGCUGCUCCAGGGAAACUUUGAUCCUGAAGGUACGCUUGAGACAAUGCGUUCCAAAGAGAUCACAGCAACCAACAUGGCAACAUCCAUGGUGAACUUGCUUCUAGCUUCCCCUUCCAGUCGUUCACUUGAUGGUCGCUUUCCAAGCCUGCGAUUGGUGUCCUGCGGGGGCGCGCCGCUCAGCAAGGCAUCAGUCUUGAGAGCUCAACGGCUUUUCGGCUGUGAGUUCUUCCAAUCAUAUGGUAUGACUGAGUGCUGCGGAAAAAUUUCAAUGUCCAUGCUGAGUCCAGAGCAAAGACUGCUUCCUUUGGGACAGCAGAUGGAGAUGUUGUGCUCUUCAGGAAAACCCUUCGAGGGGAUUGAGGUGAGAGUGGCAGAUGUUGAGACGGCCAUGCCAGUGCUGCAGGAUGGAAAGACAGUUGGUGAGGUGCAACUUCGUGGGCCCACUGUGUUCAAAGGAUACCUGAAUCCUGAGAGCGGCGUUAGCACCGCUGACCCUGACAGCUUCCUGCCAGGUGGUUGGUUCCGGACAGGUGAUUUGGCCUACAUCACCCCAUCUGGCUUUUUGCAUGUCAUCGACCGUUUGAAGGAUAUGAUCUUGGUCGGAUCCGAAAAUGUGUAUUGCAUUGAGGUCGAGAAUGCGCUCUUUGCUCAUCCAGCUGUCUCACUUUGCUCCGUUUAUGGGGUCCCUGGACCAGAGAUGAUUGGAGAGUUGGUGAAGGCUGUGGUUAUGGUGAAGGAUGGCGUGGCAGUUCCCAGCACGGCAGACCUGCAGAAGUUCUGUGGCAAUUUGCUGGCGGAUUUCAAGAUUCCACGUCUCGUAGAAGUGGUGCAGUCAAUGCCUUUGAACAGCUCGGGAAAAGUCAUAAAAAGUGAAUUGAAAAAGAGAGAUAGCAGCAUUGCCCAAGCAGAACUUGAAGAUCAAGAUGGAUCCCAAGAUCUGAAGUACAUCAGGGAGCACUGUUAUGAGCUGGCUUGGUGCAGCAGUUCCUUUGUGCCUUGCACAGGUUCGUUUGGCCAAUGGUUGGUCCUCUCUGCUGGCUCAGAUUCUGCUCCUGUUUCUUCAGACUUGCUACACGCUGUCUCUGCACGUUUUGCCGCCCUCAAUGCUGGAGGAGCCAUUGGGGAGUGCUCCAUAGGCGAUGUUCCCACCAUCUCCAAUUUUGCUGGAAUGGAUGCGCCCGCCGGAGUUUGUUUGCUGCUGCCCGCGGGCAAUAUGGUCGACAUGGGUCCAGAUGGUGAUGCAAGAGUGAGGAUGGCAGUCCAGAGAGGACUGUGCAUGAUGCUUGCAAUCGUGCGAGCAGCAGAAGCUCUCAAGAUUGGCAGCAUUCUGGUGGCUACACAGCAUCCUACGGAUCAGGCUGCAGAAGGGCAGGUAUUACCAAAAGAUCCUGCAAUCGCAGCCUGCUGGGCAUUUGCUCGUGCAGCUGCAGCAGAAUCUGACAUCGCCUGGCGGCUUGUUGAGCUUUGUGGUCACGCAUCACCCAGUGAUGCAGGCAGCGCUAUUGUAGCUGAGGCACAGGCCGCACACCUCUGUGACCCUCAGGCUCGCUCAGAAGAGGUGGCGUGGGCUGGCGGUCGCCGUUUUGUUCCUCGCCUGAAGCGCUUGCAAAUGCCCGAAACGGAUGAAGCAACUAUGCAGUUGGCAGGGAUGUCAGGCAAGCCAGGCUUCAUUGGCCCAGAAGGGAAUGGCUCCAGUUGCAUUGUUGUGGGUGGAAAUGGCAGCCUGGGGCGCUUGCUAGUGUCAACCUUGCAGAAGUGCGGCCAGCUGAGUGAUAUUGUCGUUGCUGGACGCAGCAAAGGGGGUCCUGGCAAAUCUACUUUGGGAACAGAUGCGUCACAGGAUUCAGUGAGUGGACCAGGACCUUCGAUGGGCAGACUGCGCAGAAGUGCUGAGGCCAAAGUUGACGGCACUCUCAAUUUGGCAUCAACCAGCAACAGCGUGUUUGGAAGCCUGGGUGAAGAUAAAAACGCUUGCACUUUGGUUUGCUUCAGCAGUAUCUUUGGAGUACUCUCCUAUCCUCGCCUGGCACCAUACGGGGCAGCAAAUGGAUUUCAAGACGGCUUCACAGCACUCCGGUCCGCCAAUGGGCAAGGUGCACAAGCUGUAGCCUGGGGUGCUUGGGCAGAGACAGGCAUGGCACAUCGCGCUGGUGCAGGUUUCCACGCCUUCUGGGCGUCUGAAGGUAUGGGCUUUGUACCACCUGAAGCUGGCAUGGAGCUACUUUGCCACCUGUUGGCUUGCAAAAGCUCCUUGCCCCGCCAAGUCUGCGUUUUCCCAGCAAAUCAAUCCAAUCCAUCGAACCUUUGGCCUGCUGCUCUAUUCCGCCACGUGCUGGCUCGUGAUCUCACAGAGCCUCAUCAGGAAGUCGAAUCUCCAAGCCAGGAAGUUUCAAAUGACACAACUGCAGAGACCCUGGAAACUGAUAUUCGAGCGGUCGUUGUGGACACCUUGCGUUCUCUCUUGGGGUGUGAACCAGACGAAGUCCCUAUGGAGGAACCGUUUGCCACAGCGGGGAUCACUUCAAUGAUGGCGGUUGAUUUGACGUCGCGCGUCAGCAAGGCUUUGUCCAUCACCUUGCCUGCAACUUUGGCCUUCGAGGUGGUCAGUGGAGAGCAGCUGUGUUCCUCCUUGGUCGCCCGCCUAAAGCCCAAAGUCCGCAAGGGGCCAGAAGAGGUUGGGGCCAUACAGGCGCAGAGGGCCGUGCAAGUGCAAGUGGUGGGUGGCGCAUGCACACUUCCAGGUGGCGAAUUGGGCACGAGCACUGACCUGCGUCAGAUGUGGUCACGGCUCGUUGGGGCUGUGGAUUGCGUCCGGCUUCCUCCGCUUGGGCGUCCAGUAGCUGCGCCACGAGACACGAGUUCUGCAUAUGAGACGCUGGGCUACUCAGAAGCAGGAUACCUUGAUGCAGAGUCCGUGACUUGCUUUGAUCCCCCGGCGUUUGGCAUGGGCCAGUCAGAAGCCGAAAUUCUCGAUCCGCAGCAACGCCUGUGCGUCAAGAAUUCGCUGGAAGCAAUGGAGGAUGCCGGUGUUUCAAAAGCCAAGGGUGCACCGAUUGGAGUAUAUGUUGGAGUGACCACUGUGGACUUCACAGACAUCGUGAUUAAGAAAGCUGGGCCCCCAUCUGCCUACACUGGGCCUGCUUUGACAACUGCAAUUUGUUCCAACAGGGUCUCCUACAUCUUUGACUUGCAAGGGCCGUCAGCUUCAGUGGACACUGCUUGUUCAUCAUCCUUAGUGUGCUGUAACAUGGCGAUGGCGGCCUUGCGCAACAGCGCAUGCACCGGAGCCUUGGUCCUGGGCGUCAACGUGCAGUUCAACCCAUACUGGACAGAGGCGUUUGCAGAAGCUGGAAUGCUUUCCCCAACUGGACGAUGUCGAUUUGGAGAUAACCGGGCUGACGGCUAUGUGAGAGGAGAAGGAUGCUCGUGCAUCAUGCUUGCGGAGGCCGAAACGUACAGCAGGGGUCCUCAGAAGGCUGCUCCAUAUGCUGCUUUGAAAGGCAGUUUUUCCAACCAAGACGGCCGCUCCAAUGGUCUCACUGCGCCAAAUCCAAUGUCUCAAGCAGCGUUGCUGACGUCUGCCUGGAUGGAUGCAGGCAUUAGCCCUGCAGAUGCAACUUAUGCAGAAGCUCAUGGCACGGGCACAUCCUUGGGCGAUCCUAUCGAGAUAGUGGCUAUGGGAAGGGCUCUGCGAGGACGUGGUGCACAGAAUGAUCCACAGCUAGCAAACCUGCCAGCACUCCGCACUGCCAGCUUCAAAUCUAACAUUGGACAUUUGGAGUGCGGUGCUGGAGCUGCUUCAUUGACUAAGCUUGUCCUUGUCCUGCAUCAAUCGCUUAUUCCACCAUCUCUUCAUUUGAAAGUGCUCAACGAGCACAUUGACUGGGAGGAUGUCCACGUCAAGGUGGUCACUGAAUGUCAGCCCUUGAAUGACACGGGUUCGGCCCAGGUGAGCGGUUUUGGUUUCGGUGGCUCCAAUGCCAAUGCAGUGCUUUGCUCCUCAGAAACGGGGAAGUCGAAUGCGCGAAGCUCGCGAGCAGUAAUGAUUCCCUUAGUGUCACGUGACUGGGAGCUUGGAAUGAAAGCCAUCAAGGCUUGGGUGACAGAGACCUCUGAACAUGGAUAUCCAGGUCAACUCGAAAGCAUUGCAAGAGCAGCAGCGCUGAAAGCUGUACGUCCAAGUUUCAUUCAAUCUCAACCCCUUCAACGGCAAGCUGUGGUUGCUUCUAGCAUCCCGGAGUUUGUUGGAAAGAUAUGCACACCUCAAGCAUCUUCAAAGGAAAGGAAAAGGAGGUUGGCCCUGGUGCUCAACGGUGUCGGCGACAGCGCUUUUGCAACGCUUCGGUUGCUACAGGCAAUGGCUCCCAAAGGGAAUUCUGAGCCGCUGCCAUGGCAUGGAAUGCGACAAAAGAUGGAGCUCUCAACGAUUGGCCAUGGCGGCUCCGCUGAGGCAGCAUCUUUUACAGCAUUGCACUGUGCUGCUGCAGCUUUCAUUGAAGAUUUGGGUGUCGUGCCAUCUCUGAUUUGCGGACAGGGCAUAGCAGGAGAGGUUGCCAGCUUCACAACAGCAGGUGUGCUCCGGCCGUUUGAUGGCAUCAAAUUGGCUUCUGAGCGAUGUGAUGUAGUGAACAGUUUUUGGCCGCCAACCGUGCCUGUGGCGUCUGCUCAGCAUGGCUUGCUGUCUGAGAGGCCAAGCGAUCAAUACUUCCAGAAUUCCUUGGCUCAGUGCAAGCAGUUUGAUGGGCUCACUUCAGCAGUGAAGUCACUGCAGUGUGAUGUUGUGAUGGAAAUUUGCCUAGGUUCCCCUGCAGUGGCAUCUUUUUUCUCCGGGUGCAUGGAAGUUGCACCGCAAGUCUUCACAGUGUGUUUGGGCUCCCCGGCAGAUGGCCGGGUCGUGUCUUCAGACUUGGCUGAGCGUGCGAUUUUGGAAGCAGCUGCUGGGUUGUUUUCGUGUGGUAUUGGGUUGACCUUUGCAGGAUCGCUUGGUGAAGGACCUGUUGCGAGACUGCCCCCGACCAGUCUCGCACCCAAGGUUUGCUGGCCGUGCGAUCCAGCUGAGAGCCAGUGGCAACGCCAAGACCUUUAUUCUGAUGCGUAUGAAGCCAGGUGGCUUGCAACUGAUGAAAGUCAGUCAGAAAGUGUGCAGAACUUCUUGGUGUCUGGUGGCGAUUCGGCCUUGCAGAUGGCAUCCUCUCUCUCACAGCGCGGAUCCACAGCUAAAGUAGGGGAUCCAUCGGCUCUUCCACCUGAGAUGGAGUUGGGAUCAACUGUGUUUGUAUUCAUAGCAGAGCCAUCGCAGCCACGGCAGCUUCAAGAAACCUUGGCUGACACCCGGGCAAAGCCACAUGCCUUGCUUCAGUGGCUACGUGCCUUGCCAAAAGGACCGUGCAAGGCUGCGAUUCUGUCUGUUGGGGCUCAUGGGUCUGAGAUUGACCUCCGCGGCAUGCCAGCUGCAGCAAUGUGGGGAGCAGCCCGGUCCGCCAGGCAGGAGUUGAGAUCUGAUAUCUCUUUGAGGUGCAUCGAUCUAGACUCUGCGAGCAGCCAGCACUUCGAAAGUGUGCAAAUCUUCAACAGCUUUGCAGACGAACUCACCCUGCACGCCAAAGAGGUCCAGGAUGUUCUCCUUGUUCCACCUGUUCGGAAGCUCCGAACGUUGCAAAGCUUGCAACUCCCGCUCAAGAAAUGCGAUUCAGAGCUUAGCUUGCCGGAAACCUUUGGAAUCACAGGUGGCACAGGGGCUUUGGGUUUGAUGACGGCAGAAUGGCUCACGGGUCAUGGCGUGAAGUUGCUGGUGCUAGCCUCUCGCGCAGGGAAGGUGCCAGAGGAGAACUCCAAAUUGUGGCAGGCCCUGUCUCAAACGCAGGCCAAAGUUCAACUCUGUAAAUGUGACGUGGGCCAAGACCCCAAUCCAAUGGCUCAAAUCUUGCGAUCUGCAGAUGCCUUUGGCCUUGCACAUUUGGCUGGGGUUUUGCAUGAUGGUCGUUUCACACACCAAAAUUUCAGCACCCUGGAUAUGACAAUGAAGCCAAAGGUAGAUGGCGCAGCAAUGCUUUUGGACAUCUUGCGCUCAGCCAGCACUGAGCAUGCUGCUCAGCGCUUGAAGCAUCUGUGGCUCUUCUCUUCCGUCACCAGUUGCUUGGGGAACAUGGGGCAGACAGCCUAUGGUGCUGCCAAUUCAGCUCUUGAUGCCAUGAGCCGUGCAUUUUGGCCAGGUGAUGUGGUUGGACCAGUUGCUGGAGCCACACUAUCUUUACAAUGGGGCCCAUGGGCGGAUUUUGGCAUGGCUUCUGCCUUGCCCGAGGGCAGCACUUCGAUCUUUAGACCUUGGAAAGGGGAUCAGGCAUUUUUGGCUUUGGAGGCUACCUUAGGAGCAGGUUGCCCUGUGGCUUGCCUCACGCAGUUCGAUUGGAAUAAGGUGAGGCAAGACUUUGGCGAGAGCCCUUAUCAUCGAGGAUUCAUGCGAGAAGUUUGGGGGGAGAAGCAGAAGAAGGUUGCGGAGACCGUUGCUUUGUCGUCGCACCAGGGCCAGAGCUUUGCAGAUGUGAAAAGUGCCGUGGUUCAGACCUUGCAGAAGUUCCUGCCAAAUGGCCUUGAUGGCUUAACAGAUGAUGCAGAGUUGGAUGAACUGGGGCUCGACUCCUUGUCAGGGGUGGAAGCAUCUCGUGCGCUGGCAGCUGCCUUGGCCCCUUUCGGUGUCAAGAGUGUCAAGCCUACCUUCUUGUUCGAAGCAAAUUGUUUGAACGCAAUCCUUUCAAAGCUUGAGGUGCCCACAAUAUUGCCUGAGGCAGUUGUGCUUCCUACUGUUGCACCCCAAGCAGCCGCACUGAAGAAAGUGCCGCAAGCAUCUUCAGCGGACAUCAAGGAGGCGGUUAUUGAUUCCCUCAGCCGUUUUCUACCCAACGGGCGCGAGGGGCUAACAGACACUGCCGAGUUUGAUGAGCUGGGACUGGACUCACUGUCAGGCGUGGAGGCAUCCCGAGCAUUGGCAGCUGCCCUGAAUCCGCUUGGCAUCACAGGAAUCAAACCCACCUUCCUUUUUGAGGCCAACUCCUUGCAGUCCCUUCUUGCCAAGACCUUCGCUGCAAAGGACCUUGAGCCAGACAAAGCGCCCAUUGUUCCAGUGAACAUUCACUCAAUUGGCGAAGCUUCACCGCUGGUAAGGCAACUCUUCGGAAUUGUUUCUGCAGGCCUUGCUUCGGUUCUGCAGGUCUUGAGCUACGGACCUUUCUUUCUCUUGAUGGUGGUAUGUUUCCCGCCAAUAGAGAAUGUCUCGGCCUAUUCAAGUUUCUCCCAUCUUGCUGCAGUGUUCCUUAUAUGUUUUCUUGUGGUGGCUUCCAUGGCGCAGCUCUUCACGUGUUUCUUUCUAAUGUGGAUGGCCAAGAACCUUUUCUUGGGCACUGUGAAGGACGGCAUUUGGCCGAUCUGGGGCUGGAAGAUGGCAUGCCUAAAGGGCAUCCGGCUGUUUGAGGAGUUCGUUUUUGUUUUGCCAGUCAUGAGGGCGCUGGAGAGGUCAGAAAUGCGAAACUUUGCUUGGCGCCUCAUGGGUUCACAGGUGGGCAGAGGUGCCUUCAUUGCCCAAGGUGACGAUUUGCCACUGAUAGCCUGGGACUUGCUGAGUAUUGGGGAGAAUGCCAUCCUUGACGGCAUUAACCUCGGCGGCUCAAAUCGCACCUUUCACUUUCAUCGGCCUUUGUCCAUCGGAAGCAAUUGUGUCAUUUGCCAAAAUGCAACUUUGAAGCCUGGUGCUGUGGUGGGCGAUGGUGCUAUUGUGCUUCCGCAUUGCACCGUGACAGGAGAAGUGGGCGCUCAAAAGGUGCACGAUGGGAGCGCAGGAACUUCCACUGCCUUAUCUGCUGUCGACAUCGACUCCGAUCGGCUUUUGAGUUUUCCUCGACGAACACCCAUGAGUCUUGGAGCUUCUUUCGUUGUGAUGCCGUUCUUGCUGUGGUUGAAGGUUUUAAGUUUGUGGCCUUUCCUCAUCGACUUGUCCUACAUCUUUAUGAAGUUGAUUCCAUUGCUCGUGGGCGGUCGCCAGCCGACACUUUCUUCCGAUUUGGGUUUGGUGGUGGUCGUGCUGCCCGCCAUCCUUGUUCUUUCGACAUUGCUCUAUGACAUGUUCGUGGUGCUGGCGGCAAUUGGAGCAAAGUGGGUUCUGCUGGGCCGCUUUCAGGAGGGUUCUUACUCGGUAAGCCACUUGUACCUUUUCUUCUUUGAGGUUAGCCUCCUGCUCACUACAGCAGCUGCAGGGGUGAUGAAAGAUUGUUCCCAGACCAUUGCGAACACGUUCUUUAUGAAGGCGAUGGGAGGUGACGUCGCUUGGAGUUGGAUGCCUUCACCCCUAAACCCAGUGGCAUACUUCUGUGCUGACCUGAUCAGCAUUGAAAGUGAUGUCUUUACGUCAAGCAGGGUGACCUUCAAUUGCAUUACUCUGGAGCCAAGCCCUCGCCCAGAGAAAGCAUCCACCGCAUGGCAAGCAAGAUGGAAGAUGACAUGCCGAAGGAAGGGGUUUGCAAUCGCGGCUGUGUGCUUGUUGCCUGGGCAAAAAGCUGCUACACAUUGCUGCGCUAUUUCCCCGCAUUGUGUGGGGUUCUUCUUUUUCUGUACUGCAUCCCGCCGCCGCCUCUUCCGACUCCUGCCUCCGCCGCCUCUUCCUCACUCUCACACACACAACUUUGUCACACGCAACUUUGUCGCAAACAACUCAUAA